AUUUCACCGUUGUGGUUUUAUUGAAAGUAUUUAUAAUUUAUUUUUCCAUUUAAAAUAAACACUAAUUGGUGUAAAAUUGUUUUAAAAAUUUUAAUUUAAGGCUGUGAAAUUCGUGUGUAUAAAAGUUAAUAAUUCGCAAAGCUCAAGUAAUGAGGAAAAGAGCACUUUCGUUGCUGGGUGCUCCACGCGUUGCUCCUUCGUCUAAUCCCAAUUAUAAUACGCUUCUCAGUUCGCAAUAACCAUUUCCAUUGCGGUUCGUGUCCGCGUCGCUUUUAAAGCGUUUCGUUGUAAACGAGUGUCCCCUGUCUUUAUUUCUGUGCACCGACAGAGUUGUUUACGCAGUCGACGUUUAGUUUUAUCAUUUGUGGUCGCCGCGGCUUCUCGCCAUAUAAUAUGGGCAUUUAUAACGCUUCGAAAGUAAUUAGGAAGUGUCGCAAAUCAUUACUUCAUCUCAUCAUGAUUACCUCCAUUGUUGCUGUAGUUGGAAAUGCUGAUACUGAAAGCCAAGAAUUUAUAGAUGAUCCUAUUGAUCGACAAUUGAAUCACCGUACUGCUGCUAUACCCUACUGUGACGAAGAUAACACAGAUCGUACGAUAGGACGAAGACUCUUGUAUAUAACCACACUGGAUGGUCGUUUGACAGCGCUUGAUGUUGGUAAAGGUGGUAAAUUACGUUGGAGUGUAUCCACAGGUCCCGGACCGCUGAUAUCAUCAAGCAUCCACCGCCUUGAGUUGACAAAUAAUGGACAAUUUGUGCGUAUGAUACCAUCACUAAGUGGUGGUAUAUACAAAUUUGAUGGCGAAUCCAUUGAUCCCAUACCAAUUACCACCGAAAAUUUGCUCAGUUCAUCAGCUAAAUUCUCUGAUGAUCUGGUAAUUUCGGGUGGCAAAGAGACACGUACUUACGGCGUGUCCGUGCGCACUGGUAAACUGUUGUACGAGUGUUCCAUGCAUGGCUGUAUCAAUUCAACGGAUGGCAGGGAGUCUAUACAUGGUGAAGAUAUGAAUGGAAAUAGUGUCGGUGGUAAAGCGAAACUGGAACAUGACCCAAUGAUUGAUGAUGUGAUUGUGGUACGACGACAGACGCAAACUGUAAGAGCUGUGGAAUCACGAACCGGUGUUGAACGUUGGAAUUUUAGUGUUGGCCAGCAUGAGCUGAAUAUAAUUAAAUCGGCCGAAUGUCACGAUCGUCCUUACAGUGACAUGGAUAUGGCUAUGUUGGAUUUGGAUAUAAGAGUAGUAGUGCCGGAGGGAGUUAUCUGUGCGUUCAGCAAAUCCAAUCCAGAUGCAAUGCUGUGGAAAUAUAAGUUUGAUCAUCCCAUCGUAAGUGGUUGGAAAAUUAGUGCUGACGACGAGCUGGAAAUGAUCGAUAUGUUCAGCUCAGCUCAGUGGAUGUGGGAUCACGAAGAGAACAUAUUUGAUGCACCCAUACAUUCUAUUAGCCCUUCGAUUUACUUGGGCAUGUACGAUAAACAGUUGUAUAUUCAGGAAUCUGUUACUUUGCGCCGCGAGAUCGACGACCAGUCCAAUUUGUAUGCACACCUGACAACUGACUCUACCAUGUCGCUAAUACCUUGGCGUCCCAUACCAGCCAGCAGCAAUUCUUUAACGCUACUUCGGAAUAAUAAAGCCAUAACAUCCGGAAAUGAGUCGAAAGAAUCGUCGACUGUACCUACUAUACUUCCGAAUUUCAACGAUGCUGUAGAGGAUGUAGAGGGCAAUGAAUUAGUGCCCUACGCGGAGGAUAAAUUUGCUAUGUCCGCACAAUCAGUGCUAAACGCCUCGGAAUAUGUGAACGGAAAUGGUUUCUAUUUGUAUUCGCGCGAAGAUAUGCAAAAAGAAGAUGAAGCACAUUGUGGAAUUGAUGAGGAAGAGAAGGAGGAUGUAGAAAAUAGUGAUGACAAUGUUUUCAAAACUGAUGUAACGGGCACCAAUCGCUCGGUUAGCGAUGAUUUGGGCUUUAGUCUCGACGAUAUCGAUGCGCCAAUUAAGGUAGUGAUCCUAUCACUAUGGUUUUGGUGGAAGGAAGUGGUGGUGAUCGCACUGACUACAGCAGUAUUAGUGAAUCUAUUUAUUGGACAACGCCAGCGCCGAGAGGUUUUGGUGAUUGAGCGCCAUGUACCCGUAUCAUCUGCCUAUGAGGCGACUGAACAGUCAACAGUUGCCUUAUUGGGACCCGCAAACGUUGCGGUUAACGCAAAUGGUCAUGGACUGUCCAACGUUAAUCGAUCACUUUCAGAGUCCACCUCAUGCUCGAGCGAUAACUUCAAUUCACGAUUCCUGAGUGACUUCGAAUUGUCGCGCUGUUUGGGACGCGGUGGCUUUGGUGUUGUUUUUGAAGCAAAGAACAAAUUGGAUGAUUGUAAAUACGCUGUAAAGCGUAUAACUUUGCCUAAUAAGAAAGAAUCACGCGAACGUGUUAUGCGGGAAGUUAAAACAUUAGCUAACUGCGAACACCAGAACAUUGUGCGCUACUUCCAGGCUUGGGUUGAAACACCACCGCCAGGCUGGCAGGAAGAGGAAGAUAGUAAGUGGCUGGCUCAUGAAAUGUCAAUGUCGAUUCAAAUUGAAACGCCCGAUGGUACCACAUUGCCCACCUUUGAUAAUGCGUCAUCUGUUCAAAACCCACCGAGACGUCAGCUGCAAGUUGAGCGCAAGCGUCAACUAUUAUCUUGGAUGUCUAGCUUGAAUAAUACCGAUUGUGGCUCUGAUCGCGAGGAACAUGGUUGCAUUGACGAAGAUGAGGAUGACGAUUCGUGCAUUGUGUUCCGUUCAGAGUCACAAUCGCUGGCGUUAAAGGGCCGAGGUGAAAGUGAAAGUGACAGCGACAGCGACAGCGAUAGCGAGAAGGAAGGAGGGAAUAUAAAUGGCACUACGAAGAAAGACAAACAAGAAAAUGCCAAGCGAACGCAUACAAAUUCCAUUUCCAUUGAUAUUCAUUCUAAUUCAUUUGAUUAUAGUUUGCAAAAGAACGGCAAGAAUAUCGAUUAUUCUCAAUUGUCUGAUUCGUUUCAAAUUGAAUUUGUGCGCUCAGCAAACGGUGACGAAACGCACGGUAGUAGUGGCUGCCAGACAAAUGGCGAUAUAUGGGCUUCCAAAGAUGCUGAACAGUCGUUGAAUGGUAAUAACUAUAAGAUAAAUUCCAAGUCAAAACAACGCCCACAAUCCAAGGAGCGCGGUAAUGUUGCCAUAAAUAUUGACGGUAGCAAUAGUUGUAAGUCACUAUUGCCAGCUGCUGCUUUGUUGCAGACCACACCGAAAAUGCAGCAAAACAAAGUAUACUUGUACAUACAAAUGCAGUUGUGUCGAAAGGAAAGUUUGCGCGAAUGGUUACGUGAAAAUCGGUGUGAGGUCCGUCAAAGCCAAAUCGCUAGCAUUUUUCAUCAAAUCGUUGAUGCGGUCGACUACGUGCAUUUUAAGGGGCUCAUACAUCGCGAUCUCAAGCCCAGUAAUAUUUUUUUCUCCCAAGAUGGCCAAAUUAAAAUUGGUGACUUUGGUCUCGUCACUGAUAUGUCCGACAUACCAAAUAUGGUAACAAAGUGCGGCGAUAAAACUGGAUUGCCUUCGUGUGGGCGGCAUACACAACAGGUCGGCACUCAUCUGUACAUGUCGCCAGAGCAAUUGCGUGGGCAACACUAUGAUUUCAAAGUCGAUAUUUACUCGCUGGGGCUGAUUUUCUUUGAGUUGCUCGUGUUCUUUGGCACCGAAAUGGAACGUAUUAAAACACUGCGUAAUCUCCGAGAUGGCAACUAUCCGCUCGAUUUUCCGCAAAGUUUCCCUAAAGAGCAUGAACUGCUUAAGUUGAUGCUGUCCAAGCUACCCGCCGAGCGACCAACGACGCCAGAGCUCAAAUUAAAGUUGAUCGAUAUACUGAAGUGGCCGGACUUCACUGUGGGCGAUGGAGAUCCUGUGUCAGUAGUAGCUGCGGCUGUUCGGCGCUAUAGCCGAAGUUACACAUUGAGUAGUAGUGAAGCGUGAAUAUUAUGUGACCAACGCAUUUUGUUUGCUUUUAAUCGCAGAUGUCAUACAUAUUUUAAUUAUCUGUCUAGUUAAGUAAUUUCUAAGUUAAUUUUAAUUGGUAGUAAUACGCAAAAUAUAUAUCGAUUUACAAAACUAGCAAACAACUGCAUUGAAAUUGAAGUUUUAAAGUAAAAUUAUGAAAUUCGAAAUUGCAGACCGACUUAAAGAAAUAAUAUUGUAUUUUAGUAGAGAGGCUAAACUGUUUAAUUUUGGAAAUAUUAGCGCCUACUUUGUUCAAUACCUUGUAAACUAAGGUAGAUAUUAGUUUUUUGUGAAUACGCGAAAAUAUGUGUAGUUGAGCUGUUUAAAUGUGUAGUUAGAUAUUGUAGGCUCGUGAACGAUACGCUAAUGCAUUUUACAUUUAUAAAAAUUAAAUGAACAGUAGCACUUUAUCCAUCCACAAACGUAUACUUCAAAAUUAUAAGUAUUACUUUUGUAAUGAAUAUAUUCCCCUUAUGGAUAUGCAAUUUAUCCAGAUAGUGUGGAGGUUAAAGCUGCACCAACUUAUUUAAGAAUUCAGUAAUUCAUCUACAAAAACAUUUUUUUUUCAUUUAUUUGUGUAUUUUUAGUUCUUGCGGCAACAUUUUUAAUCUGUUUUGACUUUCGCCUAGUGGUGAAAUAUUAAUUUAAGCAUAUUCCUAUUUAGGUGAAGUACUUUCACUCAACAAGGAAUAAUAAUGAAUAAACGCAUGAUUUCAAAUUUGAAA